CCGGUUUGCUACAGUAGACGGGCCCAUGACGAAGAUUCGGGGUUCCCGCUGGUGGGGCGGCGUGCCGUCUUCCUCUGAUCGAGCAACAAAUGUACGAAGUACGAAGUCCGUACGUUAAUACAUGAUUCGGACGCCACGCCUUAGCUCUAGCGCGCCAAGGUCCAUCCAUGGCCAAUUCGAAGCGUUGCGGCAGUGCUUUGCUACGGGCCCGGCACUGCAGGCUUCUUUAAGACCGUUGGUGAUCCCGACCGCACGACGACCCGUCCAUGAACGUGCCCGCCGUCCCACCCCCGCCCUCACUUAGCUGCAGACGCUGCAGAGCAACGCGGCCAACAUGUCGGAGCACGGGCCUAAUCACUUUCACCAUCGCCAUGACAAGCUGCGCAUCUUCAGCAGCCCCCUUGUUCGUCGCAGAGGCACGGGCGGCACCGACGACUCGGAAGACAGGUCGCGGCAUCCCAUCGACGACAACCACGCCGAGUUCAAAGGCGAACAUGGUCACGACGAUGAGGACCUUCCUCGCCUCAGACGCUACGAGGAACCCACGCUGCUGGAAAUCUUCUUCGAUCUCUUCUUCGCUGCCAACUACAAUGUAUUCUCCGACACCCAGCAGGUCACCAACCACGCCAAGUUCAAGGCUUUUGUUGGAUACUUCUGCCUCCUCUGGCUGACAUGGUUUCUCGUCACCCUUUUCGACGUCCGCUUUGUCACAGACAGCAUCUUUUCCCGCGUCACGAGAGCCAUCCAGCUGGGCGUCUUGGUAGGCUUCGCCGUCGUUGCGCCAAAAUUCAACCCGAGCAACCAGCACCGUGACACGAUGCGGGCCAUGUCUCUCAUCCUCAUGAUCUCGAGACUCUGCCUUGCAGUCGAGUAUGGCUCUACGGUCUGGCAUGUGAGGCAAUACAAGAAGGCCCGACGGCCACUAUACCUGCAAAUCGCUCUCCACGUUUGCGCUGCAGCAGUCUAUUUCGGAAUCUCUUUCCGUUUCAGGGUCGGAGAGCGCAGCCGAGUCUACAUGACAUGGUAUUUCAUCUCGGGUGCAGAGGCCAUUGGUAGCAUCCUCUUAUCCAACCUCUCGCCCGUCAUGAGCCUCACCAAGACUCAUCUGAUGAAGCGCAUGACCCUCUUAACUGUUAUGAUUAUGGGCGAUGGCAUCGUUCAAGUAGCCAAGGAGGUCGUCAUGAUCGUCAAGAAUCCCGAUGCCUGGGACUCGACGACCAUUGGACUUGUUUCGGCUGCUGCGGCGACAAUCUAUUUUGUGUUCCUAGUCUACUUUGACUGGCUUAAGUCGUCCUUCUACCUCCCGCCCCUGCGACAGCAAUUGUGGACAAGCCUUCACCUGCCGUUCCAUCUCGCCCUGGUCUUGUUCAUGCAAGGGUUCACGCAGUACCUUCUAUGGUCCAAUAUCAUGAGCCAGUUCAAUCGCCUCGUCGACAUUGCAGACCCGACCGAUGAGGCAAAACUGGCAUCAAGUAUAGCUGUCCGUGACUCCCUGAACGCGUCCGUUCAGGCGUUCUUCAAAGACUACCCGCCUAGAAUAUCCACCACCCAGGAUACAAUAAACGAUGCCCUCAACAACAUCACAACCAUCCCCGACAGCUUCUGGCCGCUAGUCGAGAACUCAUCGGUCACUUAUACUAUUGACAAUCCCCCCAAAGAGAUAGCGGACUCCAUAAUUACGCUGUACACCUCGAUGACCACCUGUUUUACUGCAAUGAUGAACGCCUUGUUCGCGGCCUUCGGUAUCAAAGUCGACGAAGAUAUCGCUGAAAAGGACCCUGGUGCCUCCAAAGACUUCAGAGAUGGCAAGUAUCAAUUCCUUGUGCAGGAGAAGACUUGGAGUCGCUACGCCCUGGUGUUCGCCUAUGGGUACAUUGCUUCGGGGUGCACCAUGUUCUUCAUGGCCAUUCUCACCAUCAUCGUCAAGAUGACGCCCUACACGGCCUGGCAAAUCACCCGCCUCGCCUUGGUGUUUCUCCUGGCCCUCGGCACCGGUCUGGUCGCCUUGCUGUGGUUCGACGAAGACAAGGUGUUAAACUUUCUAUUGUCAACAUGGGUGCUGCCGCUUAUUACCAUCGUCUGGUCCGUCAUCCUCAUCCUCACCCACCUCAACGGCCAGGGCAUCAAGCGCAACAAGCAUCGCUUCAGGCGCAAGGACCGCGUCGACAAAUCGCCGUACAACGCUUUUUCGGUGCCCAUGACCCCUGCGUCCAAGUGGAGUAGCGGCCAUCACCACAAGUACGCGCCUGACGACCGCGACACUGAGGCCGCGCAGCAGAGGGUCCCCUUUACUCAGAGUUCGGAUGCUGCCGCGCGUAAUGAUUCGCAUGGGAGGCAGCGGUCUUACGAUGGCGUCGGCUUGGUGGAUGGCGGGUCGGAUAGGCCGCACUCGAGCUACGAUCCCCUCAAAACGUCGACCGAGUACAGAGGCGCGGCCGGUGUGCAAUGAUUGGUACGGUACAGAUGAGACCGGACAUGCCGUCGAGCGCAAGUCCAGCUGCAAAGCGGAUAGGGGGCGACCCAGAGCGUGCUGGAUCCACGCCUGGUGUACCCUGUGCCCCCUCCGCCUCGCCGCCUCUCACACUAGACGGAGGUGUGUUUGACCACGCAUCGUAGACAAGGCAUGGCGACUGGUGUACAAAAAAUACUGAGUAUCGAUAAUACUAGCUUCAUUGAAUCCACUACCGUUUGAAUCGGC